AUGAGUUUUCCUAUCUUACCAUUCAUUCUAUCACCAGAGGAUGCACAACUUGAAAACUUGAGUAUCACAGGUCAAGUUUUGUUUGCGUAUGACUCACUCAAGUUGAGCAAGCAUUGGAUACAACAAUUUUCACCACAUUUGUCGGUAUUUGUCCAAGUUGGCAAAGAGGUAAGUGUCGAUCAAAUUACUGAGUUGUUGAAUUUGGGAGUGGAGAAAGUUUUCAUUCGCGACGAGUCACAGUACAAGUCAGUUGUGGAGGCUGGUUUACCUGAAGAUAGGUUUGCCAGUACACUUGCCUCAUCUAAGCUGUCUUUGAUUGUUGAUGCAGAAUUGGACGAUUUGAAGAAACACAACGAUGACGAGAAUAGGGAUAUCUAUUUUGACUUUUCCAGUGCAUCUGCCCCAACUCAAGAUAAAGUUGAUGAAUUGGCUAAAUUGGGAUACACCAUCAUCGUACCAUCUAGUUCCCUCACCACUGCCAAACACGAGUCCAACAAGAUAUCAAUCUCCUCCGCGUUCGUCAAUACUUUAGUCACUGACAGACCAGAUGGAUUGUUUACUACGUUAAUCACAUCUCCCGCUCCCCAAUACACAGCAUUGGGUAUUGUCUAUUCAUCUAAGGAAUCCAUAAUUGCUGCCAUUGAUGAGAAAGUUGGUGUUUACCAAUCGAGAAAGAGAACUCAUGAAUUAUGGUACAAGGGCAAAACUAGUGGCGCCACUCAAACAUUACUACAAGUUUCCAAAGAUUGUGAUUCCGAUGUGGUUAAAUUUGUGGUUGAGAAUCGUAAAGGGUAUGGCUUUUGUCACAAAUCGACCAAGUAUACGUGUUUUGGUGACGAUUUGCAACGCGACAAUGGACACGGUUUGUCGAAAUUGGAUGCCACUUUACAAGAUCGAUUUGAAAAUGCUCCUGAGGGAUCAUAUUCUAAACGGUUGUUUAAUGAUGAAUCGUUGUUGAUUGCUAAAUUAAAGGAAGAAUUGGAUGAAUUGAUUGAUGCCAAAGGUGACAAGAACGAAGUCGCUUGGGAAGCGGCAGAUUUGUUGUAUUUUGUAAUGUGUUGGUGUGUUAAAAACGGCGUUUCCUUGAGUGACGUUGAAAAGAACCUUGAUGUGAAAUCAUUGAAGGUGACUAGAAGAAAAGGCGAUGCCAAGCCUGCAUACUUGGAGAAGGAACAAAAGAAGAAUGACAAGAAAGUUGCUGCACAACCAGAACAAAAGCUACCACAGAAUGAUGAUUAUCAAUUGGAGGUGAUCGAUGCUGGUGAUUUAUCCUCCCCAGGUAUCGCCAAGGCUAUGGCUAGACCAGCACAAAAAACAUCUGAAAUCAUGAAGUUAGUAUUACCCAUCAUUGAAAACGUUAAAUCAAAUGGGGAUAAAGCAUUGUUGGAAUUGACGGCAAAAUUCGACGGAGUAACUUUGGACGCACCAGUACUCUCAUCCCCAUUCCCCGAAUCACUCAUGAACAUCUCUCAGGAAAUGAAGGACGCUAUUGACUUGUCAAUGGCAAACAUUGAAAAAUUCCAUGCUGCUCAAUUGCCCAAGGAUGCUGUAAUGACUGUUGAGACAGCACCAGGUGUAUACUGCUCCAGAUUCGCCAAACCAAUUGAAAAUGUUGGACUUUAUGUUCCGGGAGGUACCGCAGUCUUGCCUUCAACGGCAAUGAUGUUGGGUGUGCCGGCAAAAGUGGCUGGUUGUAAAAACAUUGUCAUUGCAUCUCCACCUUCCAGAAGCACAGGUCAAUUGACUCCCGAAGUUGUUUACGUUGCUCACAAGUUGGGGGCUUCUUGUAUUGUCAUGGCUGGUGGGGCACAGGCUAUAACUGCAUUGGCAUACGGUACUGAAUCUGUGAUCAAAUGUGAUAAGAUUUUGGGUCCUGGUAAUCAAUUUGUUACUGCUGCCAAGAUGUAUGUACAGAAUGACACACAAGCAUUGUGCUCAAUUGACAUGCCAGCUGGUCCUAGUGAAGUGUUGGUCAUUGCUGAUGAGGACGCUGAUGCUGAUUUCGUAGCUAGCGAUUUACUUUCACAAGCUGAACAUGGUAUUGAUUCUCAAGUUAUCUUGAUUGGAGUUGGAUUGUCAUCAUCUAAAUUGCAGGAAUUUCAACAAGCAGUGACUAAACAAGCUCUGGUGUUGCCAAGAAAGGAAAUAGUUGCCAAAUGUUUAUCUCACUCAUACAUCUUACUCGCCAAAUCAUACAAGGACGCCUUUGACUUGUCCAAUCAAUACGCACCAGAACAUUUGAUCUUACAAAUCAAUAAAGCAUCGUCAUUUGUCCCCGAUUACAUUGAGAAUGCCGGUUCGGUGUUUGUUGGUGCAUUGUCACCAGAAUCAUGUGGUGAUUAUUCAAGUGGAACAAAUCACACUUUGCCAACCUAUGGAUACGCUAGACAAUAUUCGGGAGUCAAUACGGCCACAUUCCAGAAAUUCAUUACUUCGCAAGAUGUGACUGAACAAGGAUUGAAAAGUAUCGGGAAGGCCGUCAUGACUUUGGCAGCGGUUGAAGGAUUGGAAGCUCAUAGAAGAGCAGUCGAGGUGAGAAUGGAGAAGUUGGGACUCCUCUAA